AUGUGGAAACCCGGGUUGCAUCACUGUCACGUCAACUACUCCCUAUACCCGCGCUGGGAACCAGUUGCCAACGCCUGUGUCCGAAGUCGGUUAUAUCUUGGGAACCUGAGGGCCCACCUUGGUGGCCGGCGAGGGCCCAUCCGGAGCUCUCUCACGGGCAUCCCACAGCUUGCGAUAAUUUUACAAUCUGUUGAUAAUGGCAAGCAUAAUCUGCUGACCCUUGGCACAUUUAUGCAGUACCUUAGAGAUAAUGAGAAAAAAAUGAAGUUGACUUUUAAGAGUUUGGACACAAAUAAUGAUGGGGUGAUUGAUGCUUCAGAAAUUGUCUAUGCUUUCAAGUUAAUAGGUAUAAAUAUUUCUAAAAAAGAGGCACAGAAGAUUCUUGAAAGCAUGGACAUUGAUGGGUCAAUGACAGUGGACUGGGCAGAAUGGAGGAAGUAUUUUUUACUUGAACCUGCAAAAAAUGUUGAGGAUGUUAUACGUUACUGGAACCGUUUUACUGGAAUUGAUAUGGGAGAUAGAUGGACUUUUCAUAAUUUAAUUGAUGAAGAAAGACAAUCUGGCCUCUUGUGGAAAUAUCUAUUGGCUGGAGGCAUAGCUGGCACUUGUGCUCGGACAUGCACAGCGCCAUUGGAUCGCCUAAAAAUCCUGAUGCAGGCUCACAGCUUAGAAACAAAGAAUGUGAAGAUAAUGGGCCGCUUAAUAGAGAUGGUGAAAGAGGGUGGAGUAAUUUCUCUGUGGAGAGGAAAUGGUGUGAAUGUUCUCAAGAUUGCUCCUGAAACGGCUGUUAAAGUCUGGUCAUAUGAACAGUUUAAGAGGUUUCUUGCUGAAGAAGAAAGCAAAGUAGGAACUCUUGAGAAAUUUGCUUCUGGUGGUUUGGCUGGUGCGACUUCACAGUUUUUAAUUUACCCUUUGGAGGUUUUAAAAACUAAUUUGGCUGUAGGUAAAACUGGACAGUACUCUGGGUUGUUGGAUUGUGCCAGGAAGAUUUGGAAGCUGGAAAAGGGUAGAGGCUUUUACAGAGGCCUUAUUCCUAGUCUUUUGGCUGUCAUACCAUACGCAGGCAUAGAUAUUACUGCUAAUGAGCUUUUGAAGACUUAUUGGCUAAACACCUUUGCAGAAGACCCUGAGUUGGUGACUUUGCUGGGAUGUAGUGCCUUAUCUAACUUUUGUGGGCAGCUUAUCAGCUACCCCCUGUUCUUAGUGAGAACUCGUAUGCAGGUCCAAGCCGUAAUAGGAGUUCCACAGCUAAAUAUGAUCAGCUUCUUUUCUCAAAUUUAUAAAAGGACCGGAGUGACAGGAUUUUUCAGAGGGUUACGGUCCGAUCCCGAGGCGCUGGUCUUCCCUGGGAGGAGAGGUGGCAGCCAGGUCACUCACUACAUGCUGGGGUCGGGGGAGCGCUUUGGCGCGACUCACUUCUCCGCGCCCCACUGCCGCUCGUCGCAAUGA